AUGGCAUCAGCUGGUAUCUCAAAAGGCGAAAUCCGUUAUUUGUAUCGAUCUCUUCUACGCACAACUCGUCAGUUCUGCGAUUACAACAUCAGAGAGUACGCUAAACGACGUACCAUCGACGCCUUCCGUCAAAACCAAAACCUAACCGACCCGUCGGCCAUAUCCGCCGCCUAUUCCGAUGGUAAGGCCCAGCUUGAUGUCGCCAAAAGACAGGCCGUUGUUUACUCUCUCUACGCCCCAAAAAUCAAAACCGUCAUGGACUCUACCAUUUCUCGCUGA